CUGCCUCUCUCUGUGUCUCUGUCUGUCUGUGCCCGUCGCGCGGGGAGCAUGGCUGCCAUCAAGGCUCUGGAGCAGUGGUGCAGGAUGCAGUGUGAUGGCUACCGACAUGUGGCCAUCACCAACAUGACGACCUCCUUCAAGAACGGGCUGGCUUUCUGUGCGCUCAUCCACAAGUACAGACCGGACCUCAUAGACUAUGACUCACUCAGAGAGGAGGAUGUGUUUGAGAACAACAGCCUGGCUUUUCAGGUCGCAGAGGAGAAGUUGGGGAUUCCAGCUCUGUUAGAUGCAGAAGAUAUGGUGGCUUUAAGGAUCCCAGACCGGCUGAGCAUUCUCACUUACGUCUCCCAGUACUACAACUACUUCAAAGGACGGCCUCCCAUGGGAGGUGUAAAAAGGCCAGCAGAGGGCUCCAAGGAGGAGCCGUUGGAGAAAAAGAAUCUCCCAGUGGUCGCCAAAAGCUUUGUGUCUAAAAACGCCAUUGAGAAUCGUUUACCUUCCUCUCCCGCUGCCCACGCCUCACCCCGGCUGGCCAGAGCUGCUGUUCAGAAGGCAGUUCGUGCAGAAAACACCAACAAAAAUGGGACUCUCAAUAGCAAAUGUGUUGCAUGCAGGAGCCACGUUCAUCUGGUUCAGAGGCACUUGGUGGACGGCAAGCUCUAUCACAGAAGCUGUUUCAAAUGCAGCGACUGCUCCAGCGUCCUUCAUGCGGGAGGCUACAAACCUGGGAAGAAUCCAGACACUUUUAUCUGUAACGCCCACCAGAACAGUUGCAAACCGUCUUCCUCCUCCGAGUCCGCCGUCAAAAACGGACCCGCCAGUUCAGCUGUGCGUUUUAACGGAGCCGGCCAGACCCAGCCUGCCCCGCGCCCCUCUUCUGUGCCGUCAGCCCCUCUGAAUAUGGUCCUGAAGCCAGUCACUCCUCCGAAACCUGCCCAGUCCUGGACGGCCUCAGCCCAGAAGACGCAGACGGCCCGGCAGAGGUUCUUCCAGGCUGCAGAGCCACUCGCGGAGGCCUCGGUCGGUAACCGGAAGCCCGCAGAGCCCUCGAGUGUUCUCGUAAGUGCAACGGUCCCACUGAAGGGUCCCGGUGAUGAGAGCAGAGCCGGGACGACCAUCGGAAAGACACUGGCUGCGGAAAACUGCAACAAUAACAACAAACACCCGUUCACGCUUCGAUCAGCGGAGAGACGGUUUGGAGACGAGCCAAGUUCAGCUGACAGCUCUGGUUGGAGAAAAGAUAAAUGCAGCCAAGUCCCAGCAGGACACUGGGCAGGACAACCCUCCAGCAGCCAGACAAACAAUCAGCAGCCGCCAUGUCUGAAGACCAUCAACAAAGACGACGCGAGGCCAACAACUGUACACACAACUGCCAGAGAUCCAGUCUGGGGGCAAAUGAAGCUCAGACCUGUGAAACUCGAGCUAGAUUUAAAAGAUGCUGAAGCCUCUACCGGGACACAUAAAUCUGGAUUUGAGUCCACGACUUCCUCUUCUGUCCCCAAUAGAACGACAAGGCCUCCCUCGACUCCAACACCUCCAGCACCUCCAGUUAGUUUUGCUCCGGUCCAUUCUGAACACUUUCAGGAAAUCUCUCCGAAGAAACCUCCCCUCGGGUCUGGACACCCAAGUUUUAAACAUGGGAGUUCCUCGCCUGUGAAAUCCCCAAACAGACGGCCAGCUGUGGAAUCUAUUAGUUCUUCAUCGACUGCUUCAGCCAAUCGCAGACAUCCGUCAGGUGCUAAAACGGGAAAGUAUUUGUCACCCACCAACGCCUCCAGGACUGAAAUGAGGUCACCGUCUGUGAAGUCUCAUCACAUUCCAGUGGAGCAGAUUGAGACGGAUCUGAACGAUAUCGAGACAAACUUGGCUCGUUUGGAGCAGGAGGGCGUGGAGCUGGAAAAGAAACUCCGCAGCUGUGAGGAAGAGGGGGAGGGAGACGUAUUAACGGACCCGCUGAUGGUGGACUGGUUCUACUUGAUUCAAAGGAAGCAGACGUACAUCCGGAAGGAGUCGGAGCUCGUAUACAUAGCCAGGACUCAGGAGCUGGAGCAGCAGCAGCCCGGUGUGGAGGGGGAACUUCGCAGGCUGCUGGAGAAGCCAGAUCAUUUAAAGUCCAGAGAGGAGCAACAGCGGGAGAGAAAGUUGCUGCACAGACUGAUGGAGAUAGUGGAUGGCAGAAAUGCAAUAGUGGAGGUUCUGGAUGGAGACAGGCUGAGGGAAGUGGAGGAGGAUCAGCAGUUGAAUGAAAUGAUGCAAAAUCUUGGAGUAAAGAGGGCCAAAAAUAAGAGGAAAUCCUCCAUCUCAAAACUGUUCAGGCGAAGAAGUAAACGACAAGUUGAAUAAAGGCACAUUUUACUAAAUUUAUAUUUAUCACCCCUUUUUAAACAUUCUAAUGUUUUUUCAUUAAAGUAUUGCAGUACGUAGCGUGCUAACGAGACGACGCAUGAAGAGAUGUCAUGAGGAGGCAUAAUGGGUCAAAUCAUGGGUUGUUUCUAGUUGUCGGACUAUUUUAGGAUGAAAGUUAAAUUCAAUGUUUUUGUUCAAUCUUCAUCUUCAGGUCUUUGCUGUUAUUUAAUUGAAGUGAAGAUUUCUAAACGGCAUAUGAUUCAAUCUUUGCUUUCACAACGGGUGUCUUGUUCCUUCACAAUAGUUUUUCACGGGUUAUUUUUCUAAAUGUCGUUUAAUCACAUAACAUGCAGCAGUGAAUAUUUUCCUUUUUAAAAAAAAUAUAUAAUUGUUACUUCAGUAGAGGAGUUUCACACGCACAAAAAAAAUUGCAGUCAUGUUUGUUCUGCAAAUAUUCUAGAUAUUUAUUGAAUGAUUGGAAUGUUUAAUGUAAAACUUGCACCGGGUCAAACUGAAUUGGAUGUCGGGACUUAAAAACACAAACCAUCACGGUUUUUCAAAUUACAGCGAGAACACAGAAUAAACGUGUAAUCCUUCAACAGUCUUGAGCCGAAAUGAAACUAUUUCAGGAUUUAUUUAAUGAUGCAUUUUAACAAAUGUCCCGAAAAAAGGCUAUUCUAGCAGGAGGGGAAGAAAAAGGCUCCGACGACGCGUAAAGCCGAGCGCCACACAUGUUGCAGACUGCAGCUCCCCUCUCGCCGUACUGUAGGUGGCAGCCUGGGUUUGCUUUACAGCACAAGGCAGCAACUCGGAAAUCCAAUUUGCCACAGUACGGACACUUAAUUUCUUUGCUAAUUUUAUAAAUGCUGCAAAAAUGUUCAGCUGUGCUGAUGCAAUAAUGUUAUGUGAAAGAGGAUUAGGUAGAGCGGUAGCUUAUGGCCGGGGAAGGCUUAUAAACUAUAGGUUUGUAUUGAGCUCUUUAUCUUGAAACCGGGUUUAAUUAAACAUUACUCUUUACUAAUAUCUGCAUCAGAAAUGUUCCCCGUACCUGAGUUAUUAGAAAUGUUCAAAGGUUGUGUGGAGUCAUUCAUGUGUGGAAAUGGCAUCCGCGGUGUUUGUGAGGAAUGUGCUGUAAUGUUGCCUUUAAGUGCUCUUGAAAACAUACUUGUACUCCCAUUUAUAGUAUUUUUAAACUUGAAAUCUGUAGUCCCAAUAAAUCCUUUGAAGA